AAGUGCAUAGUAACACACAGAAUCGUUCUCCUCUGCCGCUAGCCAACGCAGUCUCAACCGCCGCCGUCCGCCGCGCUCCUCCUCGCAGACGACGUCACCGUCGCACUUCAUUCUGGUUGGUCGUGCUUUCUUCAGACUGUCUGUGUCUAUUUUUCUUCUGGUUUUGAAAUUCAUCUGGGAUGCUAUUUGUCUGCUUCUAGCUUCUGGCUUAGAUGGUGCAGUUUACUUUUUCUCAUAGACUGAUCAAUGGACAACAAUGGCAAUUGGGCGGAGGAAAAGGAGGAGGACGAGGAAGAGUACGAAUUCUCAAGAAAUUAUUUCCUGGCGAAGGAAUUGGCAUCCUCGGUGAAGAAAUCGAAACAAAAGAUUACCGACAUCAACGUUGUUGAUGAACAGGAAUUGAGGGAAGCUGCAUUGCACAUUCAACCCAAGCAUGAAAAUGAGAUUGCCCUCUUAAUGGAUUCCUAUAAAGCUAUGUAUCCUGAAUGGCUUUUUGCGCUAAAGUGUGGUUUUGGUCUUCUAAUGUAUGGUUUUGGGUCUAAGAAGGCUAUGAUUGAAGAUUUUGCUUCAAGGGCACUGGCUGAAUAUUCUGUAGUUGUCAUUAAUGGGUAUCUUCAGACCAUUAACUUAAAACAGGUUGUGGUAGCUUUAGCUGAUCUUCUGUGUGAUUACAUGAAAACUAAACGGAGGGUUUCCACUCGGGACUUGCCCAAGAGUCAGCAGCCAUACAAUUCUCAAUCCAUGGAUGAUCUUCUUACAUUUUUGGAUGAAGUGGAAUUAGAGGAUGGUGAUUGUUUUGUUUGUGUUGUCAUUCACAAUAUUGAUGGACCUGGGUUGAGGGACUAUGAAACACAACAAUAUCUUGCUCGCCUGGCUGCUUGUACCCAUAUUCGUAUUGUUGCAUCUAUUGACCAUGUUAAUGCCCCACUGUAUUGGGACAAGAAUAUGGCUCAUACACAGUUCAACUGGAGCUGGUAUCAUGUCCCUACUUUUUCUCCGUAUAAGGUUGAAGGCAUGUUUUAUCCGAUGAUUCUCGCACAUGGCAGUGCCAGCCAGACUGUCAAAACAGCUACAAUAGUUUUGCAAAGUUUGACGCCCAAUGCUCAGAGUGUAUUCAAAGUCCUUGCUGAACAUCAACUCUCUCAUCCUGAAGAAGGAAUGCCCAUCAGUGAUCUUUACUCAGUCUGUCGAGAACGUUUCCUUGUUAGCAGUCAGGUUACUCUGAAUUCUCAUUUGACUGAAUUUAAAGACCAUGAGCUGGUCAAGAUCAAGAGGCAUACCGACGGCCAGGAUUGCUUGUACAUCCCUCUGGCUGCAGAAGCACUUCAGAAAGUUCUGCUAGAGAUCAAUUAGUACUGGGGCAUUAUGAUUCAAAAGAAAGGGAACGAAUAAGCAAAUUAGUUCAUACAGUGCCACACGCAUUGCUUAUUGUCUGAAGCUUGUUUCAGAUGGGAGCAUAAUGUUUGUGUUUUCAUCCUAGUUUUACAACAAAAUUUUAAGUGAAAACAUAUACCCCUGACUGCUGCGAAUACAACUCCAAAAAACAUAUUUGGAUAAGCAAAUUAGUUCAUACAGUGCAUUUUUCCAAAGUGGAUGAUAGACAUGCAUUACUUAUUGUCUGAGGCUUGUAUCUAUUGGAGCCUAAUGUUUGUGUUUUCA